AUUACCCUGCGAGGAGGAAUGGCUGAUUUACCAAAAAGGAGUCUUGCCAAGAGCAAACUGACUUGUAAGCGUUUAAGAAGCUAGUACUAUGAAUGUAUUUAAAACCAUAAAACAGGCAGUGUGAGUUGCAAAAGUCACUUGAUGUUUUAUACUAUAAACAUUAGAGAAGUUGUUCUUUAGCAAGUUUCAUUUCUAAAAUGUGCUCAUUAAAAAAAUACUAUGAGUUUAAACUAUAAAGAGGCAUUGCAAUGAUAAAUACAAACUAUAAAAUUAAAAGUAAAAAGGAAAUGAAUUUUGUUUCCCUUUUUCAGGUGCAUACUCACUACUAAAAGAUGUCCGCUCUCCUGGAAAGCAUCACUUGCAUGAUUGAAAUAUUCCAACAAUACUCAACCAGUGAUAAGGAGGAAGAAACACUGAGCAAAGAAGAGCUGAAGGAACUUCUGGAAGGACAACUACAGGCAGUCUUGAAGAAUCCAGAUGACCAAGACAUUGCUGAAGUCUUCAUGCAAAUGCUAGAUGUGGACCACGAUGACAAACUAGAUUUCGCUGAGUAUUUACUACUGGUGCUAAAGUUGGCAAAAGCAUAUUAUGAUGCUUCCAAGAAAGAAAGAUUCCAAACACAUGAAUCAAAUAGGAGAAGUAAAAAUUAUUAUAAAGGACUAGAAGAGGAGGAAGAGGAAGGAGAAGAACAGAGUCUUAGACGGAGGCAUGGUGGAACUGAUGGAAAGAGAAAAAGUGACAGAACCCCAAGCCCAGGAGGAAGAGGAGGUAAAAGGCAAGAAUCAAAAUGUAGAAACGAGGGAAGAGAUAAACAAAAGAGAGAAACAGAAAAACACAGACACCAACAAGACUCAAAUAGAAAGCACAGGCAUGGUUCUGGUUCCACAGAAAGAAAGGACAACAGAAAUAGGAGACACAGACAGUCAAAAGAAAGAAAUUAUGCUGAAAUCUAUGACAAUGGAAACUACAAUGAAGACUGGGAGGCAAGUUACAACAACUGUUACUACAAAACAGAGAAUGCUACAUUAGAUGAAAGAGAAAAAAACAGAAGAUCCAGACCAGACUACCAGAAGGAACCCCAGUCCUCCCAUGGUCAGGCAGACAACAGUGACUAUGAAGGAGGCAGGCAGCAAUCCCACUCAAGAUCAUCUCCACUCAGUGCUGGCCAGAGUAGAUCUAGUGCAGGCGAAGCCAACUCUCCCAGGGUCAGCGCAAGAUCAGGCUCAGGAGNAAGAGGACAGUCCCCCGACGGCUCCGGCCGCAGCUCAUCCAGGAGGGACAGACCCCGNCAGCCCAGCCCCAGCCAGUCCAGUGACAGCCAAGUCCAUUCUGNAGCCCAGGUCGAAGCCCGGCGCGGGCAGUCCUCAUCUGCCAACAGGAGGGCCGGAUCCAGCUCCGGUUCAGGGGUCCAGGGUGCAUCAACUGUGUUUUACCACACUGAGAGUAGUGUUUCAGAGCUUCCAACAGCCCAACACCUGCCCCAACAGCAGUGUGGGAUAGGCACAAUCAAAUUCCCCAGGUCCCACCUCCCUAAGAGGCCCGUGUCCAGUGUCAGAGGGGAUGCAGAUCCCCACCACCACCACAGUUAA